CCCACUUUCUGUUGGUCCGCGGGGAAGUCGCAAGAUGGCCGACGUCGCAUGAAAGUAUGUUCCUCUCCUCAACAUGAAGUCGUGAGUGAGACAGAGAGCGAGGGAGCUUACGUCGGGCUUUUGUUUUUGUUUUAUUUUAGUUGUUUUACUUUAUUUUCCCCUUAAUUAUUCAUCUCAUUCCGAAUCGCAGCAGCCCCCGAUUCGUCUCGACUAGUUGACGCGUCAAUCACGCCGGGAUCUUGGCUAACUGGCUAAGUGCGCGAGCUAGUUUGUUAGCCACAAACUGUAGCUCUUAUAACUGUUAACCAGCACAGGACAUACUGUAUCCACUAUCAGCUAGAGUUAGUUUUAAUACCCUAACGGGCAUGUUGGAUAGCAACGGCGUAGUUGUUGUUUAGUUUGCAGCUAGCUGUGUUACAAAUAGGAUUAUAUUUUGAUGUUACCAACAUUGUCGACAUCAUAACUGUAGCGUGCGCGCCGUUAUCCUCCAGUCGUUACGUUGUAGACCGUGCAACAAUAUAAUUGAUCAAAAUAGAGAGACUUUUAGCAGGAUUAUAAUAUUGACACCGUGAGGAAUGGACACAGAUUGCACUUACACGACCAAAUGUAAAGAAUAGCCACGCGUAUCUGGAAUUACAGGGGGUCGGUUGACAGUUGCAUUUGUCUGAUAAUUUACCAGACAUUUCAGGUCUUUAGUUAUUCAACUAUAACCGGUCAGAUCUAGUUCUGAGCACAUAACCAAUAAAUCAACUUCUUAACAAGGUUCAUCCAUCUCACGCGCAUAGACAGACACAAAAUGGGAGUUCAAGGCUUUCAGGAGUAUUUGGAGAAACGCUGCCCUGGGGCGGCUGUUCCAGUAGAUCUUCUCAAGCUCGCCCGAACGGCAGGCCGUCAGCCCCCACAUCAUCAUCACCACCACCACCACCAUCCCCAUCAUCCAAGCUCGCUGCCUCCGCCUCCCCCGCCAGCUCGCAUUCUGGUUGACGCAGACUCUGGCCUUCAGCGGCUCUACGGGGGCUACCAGACCGACUGGGUUUGUGGAGGCGAGUGGAAUGCAAUGCUCGGCUAUCUGGCGGCGCUUUCCCAGGCCUGUUUGUACCAAGGCGGACUGGAGCUGGUGGUGGUUUUUAACGGAACGCUUGGGAAGGAUCGCUGGCCGGAGUGGGCGCGGCGGGCACAGGGGCAGCGGCAGACCGCACAGCUCAUCGUCAACCAUGUCGGAAGCAAGGCCACGCCCCCUCCGCGGGCCUGGUUCCUGCCCCCGGCCUGCCUGAGCCACUGUGUCCGCCUCGCCAUGUUCCGAUUCCGCGUGCGGGUGGUGCAGACCCUGGAGGACCACCAUCAGGAGGUGCUAUCCCUGUACAGAGACUAUGGUUUUCAGGGUCUGAUCGCACAGGACUCAGAGUUUGCGCUAUGCAACGUUCCGGCCUAUUUCAGCUCCCACGCUCUCAAGCUCUCCUGGAAUGGCAAGAAUCUGACCACUCACCAGUACCUGCUAUCAGAAGCGGCUCGCCAGCUCGGCCUCAAGACCCAGCACCUGCCAAUCUUUGCUGCUCUUCUUGGUAACCACAUUCUGCCAGAUGAAGACUUGGCUGCCUUUCAUUGGAGUCUUCUAGGCCCAGAACACCCUCUUGCCUCCCUCAAGGUAAGGGCUCAUCAGUUAGUCCUCCCUCCAUGUGAGGUUGUUAUCAAGGCUGUAUCUGAAUAUGUGGCAUCCAUCAAAGAUCUUGGGAAUUUAGAUUCGGUGGCCAAGGAUGUUUUCAAGCAGUCACAGUCACGUACAGAAGACAAAUUUGAGAGGUUUAAGAAGGCAGUGGAGUAUUUUUCAGCGGCCAGUAAACCAAGACCUCUCUCCAUGGGACCUUCUCCUUACCUCUUUCCAGGCUUUGGGCCUAGUCAAUUCAGCGGACCUCCCGGCCACAUGGGGGCAAUGCAGCCUGUAAAAGCUCAGUUUGGUCCACCCCAGGUUAAGGUGCCUUAUCCAGGUGGGCUCUACGGACCCAGCCCUGCCACUGGUCCAGCCCUUUUAUGCCAGAACCCAACUCAGCCUCUGCAGGACUGUAAUGAUUCACUAGUUGGGAAAAUGGGCUUUACUGAUUGGUCUGCUCCAUAUGAUUCCUCUCAAGGUGGCAACCGACAGCCCAAUCAUCACACUGCUGCUCCCACAGGCCCCUCCCCCUCAUCGUCGUCGUCUUCAGAUGGGGAGGAGCAAAAUGACACCAGCACUAAUCAUUUGGCUGACAAGUCCACGAGAUGGGAAGAUCCCAGUGGACGGGGCGGCAGUGGCUCUGGGGACGGACACCAUGGUAACGGAAGUGGGCCGUCCAUUCCAUCAUUGCUGUCCAUGCCAACACGGACUCACAUGGACAUCACAACUCCACCCCUUCCACAGGUCAGUGCCGAGGUGCUGAGAGUGGCGGAGCACAGACACAGGAGAGGACUCAUGUAUCCACAGAUCUACCACAUCUUGACCAAGGGGGAAAUGAAGAUGCCAGUGUGUAUAGAGGAUGAGUGCAACCCAGACCUGCCUCCUGCUUCUCUACUUUUCCGUUCUGCCCGCCAGUAUGCCUACGGGGUGCUGUUCAGCUUGGCUGAGACCCAGCGGAGGCUUGAGAGACUAGCCAUGCGCAAGCGUAGUCCAGUUGACGUGCCCCCGGUGAUUGUAAAGGAGUGGUGUGCCAGUAAAGCUAAAUCUGCCCUGACCCCUGAGCUCGUUCCAGCCCUGUGUUUCCGCGAGUGGACGUGUCCCAACCUCAGGCGGUUGUGGCUGGGCAGAGCCUCAGAGGACCGUAGCCGCCGUACGCGAGCCUUUUUAGCCUGCAUGCGCUCUGACUGCCCUGCCCUACUCAACCCGACCUGUGUGCCAUCUCACCUGCUGCUCAUGUGCUGCGUGCUCAGGUAUAUGAUGCAGUGGCCGGGGGGUCGCAUUCUUCAGCGCCAUGAGCUUGAUGCCUUUUUGGCUCAAGCUGUGUCCAACCAGCUCUAUGAGCCUGACCAACUUCAGGAACUCAAGGUGGAGAAGGUGGAUAACCGUGGGGUGCAGCUGGCCUCUCUGUUCAUGAGCGGAGUAGACACUGCCCUGUUUGUGAAUGAUGUAUGUGGACAGCCCCUGCCAUGGGACCACUGCUGCCCUUGGGGCUUUUUUGAUGGGAAGUUGUUCCAGAGCAAGCUAGCUAAAGCCACCAGAGACAGAGCCUCCUUACUUGACAUGUGUGAAGGCCAGGAGGAACUGGUUUCGAGGGUGGAGAAGAUGCGCCAGGCCAUUCUGGAAGGCAUCAACCUGUCCCGGCCGCCGCCUCCACCUCCACCACUGCCACCCCCUGCAUUCCUCCCCCCUGCCAUGGUGCCCCCUUUUUACCCCAUGCAUCCUCUUUAUCCUCCUCGCCCAAUGGGCUCCAUGCCUCCUCCUCCUCACCAUCACCACCAGCACCGGCCCAGGGCCUUCCCAGGAAUCCAGUCUAUACCUCCCCAGGGUGGCAAGCUGGAAAUAGCUGGUAUGGUUGUUGGUCAGUGGGCUGGGAACAAGCCUGUCCGUGGCAGAGGGGGGUUCAAUAUGCAGGUGGUGUCAGUAGGAGGGAAAGGAAGGGGUAAAGAAUUGACAAUGAAAGGAAGGGGAGGGAAGAAAGUGACCACCAACAGAACACAGACUUUGUCCUCCUCACCUCCCUCCUCCAGUCCCCCAAAGCUCACUGAGGACGUUAAAGCGGUGGGACGGCCUACGGAGGGAACGGGGAGUCCUUCGCAGCAGCUGAACGGCAGCUCUUCAGGAAGCGCCACUGGUCAAGCCCUUGACCUGCCACCACUGGCCCAGCCAAUCCAGUGUGCCUUAGCCAGCAGAGACAACCAGUCAGGAGAUGGGGUGGAGGUAGAGGCCCCUUGUUGCCUUGACGACUGCCCAUCAGAUGGUGCACUACAGAAAGAGGAGUAAUUACAUCCCAAAAUGUAAUAAGAAUGAGAGAGUGAGAGGGAAUGAUUUAAGGUCGACUGCCUUUUCCUUGCAAAAUUGAAUAUUUAGGGCACAGUAGCCACUUUGUGUUGUCAUGGUAUAAUUUAUGAUGCUGCACAUGCUGGAAACGACAGAUGGACAGUGUCAGGAUUGCGGUCUAUGUGUCACCUUAUGAGCCGGGUCUGGUUUAAAACUGAGCACGUUUAAAUCACAACCCUCGAUUGCACAUCGCCCUGAAUCUUCGGAUUCUGGACCUCAUCCUUUCCACUGGCCCAUCAGUGUUGUAGCAUCGUGAAAAGCUCUCGAGUGUUUUUUAUUUUGACACCGUUUUCUUUUCAGACCUUAUAAUGUAUGAUUGCCUAAAAUGGCUACAAAAAGCCCCUUAAUGCCCAAAGUAUAUUUAAAAAAAUUGACCUACUCGAAACACUUGCACGUGUCACGUUGCACAGCAGCACCUGCUCUAAAGUUUCCACCACACAGCAAAGAAUUACACUAUUUCUUCUACACGUGGCUGUAUCUGCAGUGUACCACAUAGGGGAGGAUUCAAAGUCAACACUGCCCUGAAUACAGUAGACGAGUGGAAACCGUCGGAGAACGCGGGUUGUAUUUGUAUGUCACAGUGUGCAUUCACACACACGGUAGUCCCUUUGUUUUGUUUUGUAUAUUAUCUUAUCAAAAACUGAUUUGCAUGUGGAGAAGUUGCAGUUGUCUUCAGCACAGGGGCCACGGGUGGCCUGAGAAGUCCAGGCUCAGAGAGGCAUGUUUGAGUAAGGAUGAGCAAGAGGAACGGAAAGAGUCGUACAGGUUACACUCAGCAUCCCAUAGCUAGCUCAACUCUGUUGCUUUAUCUCACAUGUAGACAAUCUUCUUUUAGGCCCACUUCCCCGAGGAUUCACAGACAGCAGCACUUAAGCUACUGAAAUAGUUCUAAAAGAGAUCUUUAAAGCACCUUAAACACCCGAAAUUAUACAUAUGCAAAUUCCUCCCCUCCGUUGAUUGUAUUCUAACGUAAAGCACUUAAAAUGUUAUUUAUGAUAGUACUGUGCUAUAUAGAGACAGUAAUUUGGUUAAUUGGUUAACUUCCUUUUAAUGAGCAGCAGACCCGUCAUUCCUUUCGACAGUUUAACUGUCCAAAUAAACUUUUACCUUGCGUGUUGUUUACCAGUAUGACGUACAAAUCAACACCAACCCAUUUGAAUGUGAGAACGGAGUGCGUUGUAAUCUGCACUUUGUUUUAAAACCGAAAACACACUGGGUCGUCCUCGAGCCAGGAUAAAGAAAAAUCGAGGCCUCUGCCAGAGUUAGGGUGGAAGCAGUGUGUUCGGAUGGAACCGUGAUACUGUUUGACAUCCCAGCCGCUUGUAUAUAGACCCAAAUGUACAUGAUCCUGUUACGCGAUGAUGUGAUUUAGGGAAGUGAUUUUAUCAGUGGUCGAGAAUGCACACAGUCCCUCAGAGAAACCUGAAGACCUGCCAUUUGACAUCUCUCAGCUUCACAAAGCUUUUCAUUCUCUCGUUGUUCACGUCUCCCCUGUGCCUUGUGCAUGUGUACCAUGUGGAUGCUUUUUUGUACAUGUGCAUUCUCCCACCAUCGCUAAAAUCAUUGCAGUUUUUUACUCUGGAAAGUAAUUAUUGAACGAACCUUAGGAUCAUCUUUUAUUGUGACAGUCAUUUUAAAAAAAAGAAAAAUCGGAGACCGUUUCAUGAUCUGUCCGUCUCGUCUUGUUUUUGUGACAGUCCUAUGAACUCAUGCACUUCUAUGUUUAAGACAGUACUUCUAUUGAGGCGAAUGGGCUUUUAAAGUCAAAACCGAACGAAACACCCUAAAGAUUAAAGCCGCACUUGCCGUUAUAUUGACCAUUUUGCAUCAGAUGGUUAGGAAAUUAAUUUUACUUACAUGUUAAUGUUUUAAAUCCAUUUUAAAAAACAAAAUACUUGUUUUGUACCAAUAAUUUGUUGGACGUAAUGAAUGAGAAUUUAAAUUUAAAUGUAAUGAUUAACUAAUACACUUGAGAGAGGCUAUUGCAUUUAAUUAUAGUUUAAAAUCUGUACAAUUGACAAUGUCAAGAUUACAUCACAGCUUUCUAUCGAAGUUAUAAGAUGCACCUUAUUUUGUUAAGAAGUUAAUAUUAUAUUUAGUGCCACUAAAAGUAUAUUGAAAGCUCUUUAAAUCAGAUUAUGGAAGACACCCAUUAUAGUUACGUGUCUGUGUAUAUUCUGCAAAUUCUCACUCUUGAGGAACCCAGCCCGUCAGAAAUAUCGCAAUGACCUGAAGCAUGCAUUAUGAAUGCAGUUUCCUAUGGACAAAAUGAGUUAAAAAAUAAAAAAUAAAAAAUGACAGUGAUAUAUCGGUGUAAGAAUAUGUGACAAUACUGGACAUACCGGACAGACUAAACCAAGAAGAAUCUUGACCGUAGCGUCACAGGUAGUAUUUGUGGACUAAUACGCUACACGGUCAUGCGCGCUAGAGCAUUUAAACCUCAACCUUAGGUUGUCACGUUUUAUUACGAGUUAAGUACAGUAGUGCUAGUUUUCAAGAAAGGAUCUUAAGCAUGUUAGUGCAUAUGAACAUGCAAACACACCCAUUAAUGGAAUUUUGGUUUCCUCAGAAUAACUGUAGAUCCUUUUAUUAAAUUCAGUCCUGUUUCAUCUGUGAUUAACAGCCGUUUCAGUUAGUUGGGUUUUUUCUCAGUGUGUUUGUCAAUAGAGUAUCAGUAACUCCUUCACAUUUAGUUUUAAGUAUAAUCUAAGAAAGGAACAGCAUAAACCGAAAUAUACAGACACACCAAAUAAAGAUAUAAUCUCUCUCUCUUUCACACACACACAAACACACACACACACACACACAAAUACCUUUGUUAUACCUGUAGAGAGACAUCAGUUAGAAUGAGGGAGAAAAAAAAAUAGUAAAACUUUGUCAUAUUCAGAUAUUAAUGUAUUGUCCAGAGUGUUAAUUUCUCUUAUAAUUAUUUGGAUACUUUAAUUUGCAGUUUCAGAUGCUUGGUUCCAAAGUUACCCUCUCCAAAGCUUCUCUGCUUUGCUCUGUUCUAGAUUGCUGCUUAAACUCUCAUUCAUACAUUUAUAGAGAUUCACGUGAGAGUAAAAUUAUAGACUAAGAAAUAUUAGUGGAUAAUAUUUGAUGCUCUGGAGAUCAGUGAGGUCGCUCUGGUGGCACUGUUUUUACUCCAGUCUUGAUAAAAACAGAUUUUUCAGCACACAAAUCCAGAUUCCCAUACAUUUUUUCUUUUCUUUUCCCCCCUGCAGUUUUCAUGGGCUGUAGACACUCACAAUAAGUUCAAAUGUUCUCCCUCUUCUUGAUUCUUGUCUCUGUUGAUUUUUGCCUUUGUUUCCCCUGCAGUCAUCAUACUAACAGUGAGAGAUUUUAACUUUUAUAAUUAGUCUAAUAAUCUGUCUGUAAGUAAUCUUAGACGAGAGUUGGUAACAUUUUCAACAGUGAACUAAGAAAUUUAACCUUAUCAUCUUUGGUUUCAUUCAGUUGUGAAAUUGUGUUUUUCUUACUUUUUAAAAAAAAAAAAAUAUUACAACAGCUACUCCUUUUGACCGUUGCUACAUUUAGUAUUAAAAUUUGCUUAGCGGAGAUAACUAGAUAUUUUUCAAAUGUAAUGAUUGCAAUUUUCCUCACCUCUAUUUUGUAUGGUAUCGUUUCAAACCACUUCACCAUUAUGAUGUAAUUGUCACUUGCGUAAAUAACCCAUUACAUUGUUUUAAACAUUGAUUUUUCAGUCUUUUUAAAAUGGUUACAUAUAAAAGCUGAAUUAUUUUGAGUAAAUGUAAUUUUGCUUCCUUGCACACAAAGCAGACUAAUAUACAUCCGUGCAACAUAUUAAUUUUCAACCAAAGUAAAUUUCUGGAAACUACUUUUCCAGUAUAUAGUCUUGAUUCUCUUUCUGGAUCCUGUAUAUAUGAUUAUACAGCUACGUGUUUUCAGUAAUUGAGAUAUUAGAAUACGUAAAGGGUCCGUAAUCAGAUUCUAAAUGAAGAAAAUGUGAUGUUUACAUCUUUCUGGUGAAAAGUGGCUAAAUCUUGUAUCGUCCAGUUUCAUUGCUAAAAUGAAGAUAAUUUUUUUUUUUUUUUUUUCCUCUCAAGUGGAGCCUAGCGAUUAACCCUAGAACACUUCUUCAGCUCCCAUGCACAUGUGUUGUCCCUCUGAAAAAUGUAGCUUCAAUGUAGUCAUGGAUAGGUUAAGUGUGAACACAUACUGUAACCAUGCACACAUGCGCGCACACACACAAACAGCUAUUUUGGUAAAGAGUUUUGCCUGUGCAUUCCUGUAGAUUUGUGUCUGGACCUCAGAUCUGACUCUUGCUUUAUAACUGUUACCCCUGUAUCCUGGCUCUGUAGCCCUUCACUCCACAGGACCACUGGUGUGGUCAGGUUUCAGUCCUAGUCUGAUAACAGCAAUGUGUUGUGUACAGUGGCCCGCUGACAUCCUACAUUUUCUGAAAGUAUGUAGUAGCCUCUAUAUCUUGUCCCCCAUUGCUUUAUAGCAUGUGCCCCCAAAACCAUCAACUCGAGACAUCCAUUUGUAGGCAACACAUUCUGUCGUCUGUUCUUGGAAAACUGAUCCACUCAUCAACACAAACGCAUUGAUGCAUGCAUCAAGAUCUCCAAAAGCUCCAAAAAACUUGUGAAGUGAAGGGUAAAGUUCAUUAUUAUUAUUGCUGUUAUGGUUAUGAUCGUUAUUAACAAUUUCUUAUUUUUAGUAUAAAGAAAGCACCUGAUUGUUUUGGAAAGAAACUUUUCUUUUUAAUUUGUCUUGCUGUUGUGGUCUGAUUUCACAAUGGAUUGGGGAGAAAGCCAAAAGGCUCAGAGAGAGAGAGAGAGAGUCAACGUUGGCAGUCAUGUUUGUAUGGUUGGGAAAUGACUUACAGUGCUGAAAUAAAAUUUAUUCUUUUAGUAAAAAAAA